CGCUAUCUCUGUUGUUCUUGCAUCUCUAUUGAAAAUAAUAACAUUUAUUUCGUUUGCACAUUUCAAGAUGAAUUUGGGCAAAUUAAACGCUGUCAGCAGACUUCCUGCCCUUCGCUUAAGCCAGCAAUACUCGAGCGCUGCCAAAGCGGAACUUCCGGCGUCCUUGGUGGAUGAAGAGGAACCGGCUUAUCCGCAGGCGGUGGACAGAUCCGGCCUGCAGCCGCAACACAAAAAUGUGCUCUUCAACAAUUUGCCUUACCAGGAGGCACAUUCCUGGAUUCAUCUGACCGAGAAAUACCAGAGACAGGCAUUCGGACGUUAUGGCGCCAAGAGCAAUGUAAACCCCAAGAUCUGUUUCGAUUCCCGCGGCGAGAAAGACAACAGGCAGGUUAUGCAACUAGAAACGCUCCUGAAAAUGCUGAAGAAGAACCGCGCGCAGAAGGCCGAGGAGCUGGAGAAGAUCAACGCCCGCGAGGAGGAUAUUGCGAAGAAGUUGGAGAAGCUGAAGCAGUGGAAGGCGGACCUGCACGCGAAGGUGGCUAAGCGAGAGGCGGAUGCAGCGGCGGCCAUUGCUCGCAAGGAACGCCUGGUGGAGGAGGUGCGUCGACACUUCGGCUUCAAGGUGGACACCCGCGACGAGCGGUUCAAGGAGAUGCUGGAGCAGAAGGAGAAGGAGGACAAGAAGAAGCAAAAGGAGGCCAAGCGAAAGGCAAAGGAGGAGAAGAUGAUGGCCAAGUUGGUGGAGAAGACAUCUGCGUAAUGUUACUUUAGUCGCUAAAACCAUCUAUAUAACCAAGGAACUGUUGUCUGUUGCCUACUAAAAUAAAUGUCCAUCAAGAGGUACUUUUACCAAAAA